AGUGAUUCUAUCAGUUAUCAGUCCAAUUGCCCUCAAGUUUUCUAUCAUACCUAUCUUCAAUCUCAUCAAUACCUCUAAUAAUCAGUAUUCAAGGCUCGGAGAUCCCUUACCAGUUCAUUAGCCUCAGAUUUUACAUCUUCAUCAUUCUCCGUAACAAUGAGCAGCAACCGUAAAUUCGACGUUGAAAAGGAGAUCGCACAGCAAUCUGGCCGGACUUUCUUCAUCACAGGAGGGACGGCUGGUCUUGGAGCGCAACACGUCCGCGAGCUUGCAAAGAAGAACGCGGCCCACAUCUACUUCAGCGGCCGCAAUGCAAAGAGAGCCAGCGAGAUCACCGAGUCCAUCUCGAAGGAGAGCCCCAAUACGAAGCUAACCUUCGUGCAAUGCGACCUUGCCGAUCUGGCAUCUAUCAAGGACGCCAUCCCCAAGGCCAACAUCCAGCAUCUGGACGUCCUGGUAUGCAAUGCCGGCAUCAUGUGCGCACCAGCCGCGCUUACCAAGGACGGGUAUGAGAUCCAGUUCGGCACCAACCACAUUGGCCACGCUCUCAUCAUCAAAUUUCUCCUCCCCUGCCUACUCCAAACUGCCGACCAGCCGAACUCCGACAUCCGGAUCGUGACGCUCACGUCGACGGGCUUCAAACUUCGUCCGUCGGCAGGUAUCGAGUUCGACAACCUGCGGACCUUACAGAAGCGGAUCUCUGGCUCCUGGAUUCGAUACGGGCAGAGCAAGCUGGCGAACAUCCUGUACGCCGACGAGAUAGCGCGGCGGUAUCCGCAGAUCCUGUCCGUCGCAAUCCACCCGGGUGUCGUCAAAACGAACUUGGUCAAUGAUCUCCCGCUCGCGCAUAGAGCGUUUGUCCAUGUGAUGACGUAUUUCGUACAGCUAGAGUUGCACGAAGGAGUGUAUAACCAGCUGUGGGCAUCGGCAGCGGACAAAGGGAAGAUGACGAGUGGGGAGAUGUAUGUGCCGUUUGGGGUGUCGUCGAAGGAGAAGGUGGGGGAUAAGCUUGCGAAUGAUAAAGAGCUAGCGAAGAAGUUGUGGGACUGGACGGAGAAGGAGUUGGAAGUGUACUGAUGGAACGAUAUACCCGAGUAUGGGUUCAUGCGCUUUCGGAGGGCUUUCUCCUGUCGUUUGAGGACUGCUAAUGGCGAUGUCGGUAUCGCGUCCAUGGGAAUUUGUUCUUUGCCAA